AUGGAAACCAUUGUCUCUAUGACUCCAAUCGCCAAAACUGGCCAAUCAGCCAAAAGGAAGACAGCCCUGCAGGAGUCGCGAGCUGCCAUUAAUGCUCGUGCUGCGGGCAGAAAUGUCCUUCUACACUCUUUCCCUAAAGCAGUCUUUAUUUCCGGUAGAGGACAUUUUGUCGCAUUAUGCGAUCGGCUGUUUGUGUGCGCUGGUUUGUUCUGUUCUAAGACUGCAAUUGGAUGUACCAUUCCAGCUCCCUUCUACAGAGAGGCUCGAAGUGUAACCUACGCCCCUCGUCAUCCUCAAAAGGAUGGCAACUAA